AUGUGGACGACAGUUACUCUCAGCUCUCUGAUAUUUGCUCUACCUUUGGUUUAUUCCACUACUGAAUGGUGGGGUGAUCUACGAGCUCACCUAAAUCCAGCCAGAUCACCAGCUUUUUAUGAUGUCACUUACGACGAAGCAGACUGCCCGCAAGGUCUGCGAUCUGAUGCGAUUCCCGACUACGUCUAUUUUGGCACAAUGAUGGCGACGAUGAGUGUCGACGUGCACGAGGAAUGUCUUCAGAAGUGUGCUGAAAAGCCUCGAUGCAAAGCUGUCAACUAUUUUCAUCCCUUCGCCUAUCAAAAGAAGGGCUUUUGCGAGCUUCUCUCUGAAACUCAACGCGAUAAUCCACGACUGAUGCGUCCAUUCCGAAUGGCCACAUACUUCGAAAACAUCAAAUGCAAAGAAGUUGACGACACCGCUGACGAUCUUGGCGACUUCGUCAACAAACCAGCACCUUCUCCUCGCGACAAGAAAUUGGAAAUGAAAGGAUUCGUGAAAAAGCUUUCCAACAAGGUACACGAGUUCAACUCAGGUUUCCGAGCUGCUCGCUAG